CUCAACUUAGGAAAUCUCCGUUUAGCACAGCCUAUAUGAUAUGCUGAAUCAGUGAUGGACCCUGGAAUAGCAUACCACAGAUUUUGGACAUUCAGGUCAACAUAAAUACAGUCUAUUCAACUAUUUGUUACUUUCAACACCUUCUACUUCUAUCUCUUCCUUCGUCAAUAUUUAAAACAGUCUCAAGAUGAGGUACAAUUUUGCCAUAAAGGGUCUCGCCGUCUGCUUCACCAGCGCCCUCGCAUUUCCUUCUCGCAUGUUUGAUACUGCUCAUUCAAUGAGUGAAGUAGAGAAACGUUCUCUUGCAAGUAUCACUGCCCAGAUCGAAGCUGGAAUCGAGAAGCGUGUAUCAACUACUCGCUCCUUUGGAUUCUCUGCAUCCGAUCAAUACAUGUCUAACUACGGUGAACAUGCGUUUGUUGCACCAGGGCCUAAUGAUUUACGUGGUCCCUGUCCUGGUUUAAAUACCAUGGCUAAUCAUAACUACAUCCCAUAUAAUGGAGUAGCGACUAUUUCACAAUUCGUCCAAGGAACCUAUGAUGGUAAGUUGCUAUUUCGCCAUGACAAUGGACAUCUUAUACUAACAAAGUAACAGUCUUCGGUAUGGGAGUUGAUCUUGGAGCCUUCCUUUCUAUAUAUGGCACGGUCUUUGACGGCGAGUUGGCGAGUUGGUCUAUUGGAGGACCUCCAUCUGCAAGCCCGCUGAGCUCGGUUGGACUUCUUGGUAAACAACAGGGAAUCUCUGGUUCACAUAAUAAAUAUGAGUGCGAUGUCUCACCUGCACGCGGAGACCUUUAUCAAUAGUAACUUGCGCUAUAUCAUAAAUUUGAGGGGGCGGGUGAUUAACAUUUACUAGUGGCAACGAUUACAAAUUAUUCAUGUCUCAAUUCGAAGAAAUGUACGCUUUGCCGCUGGGUCCAAACGGUUUCGGUUUAUCGGUCCUAACCCCUUUCCGCGCAACUCGUUUCCAACAAUCCAUUGACAACAAUCCAUAUUUCUUCGACGGGCCAUUCUCUGGAAUUGCUGUACAGCCUGCAGCGAAUACCUUUGUCUAUCAAUACAUGGCCAACAAAUCUUCCCAAUAUCCUGAGGGUUACCUCAAUGGUGAUGUCCUGAAGUCAUUCUAUUCCGUCACAAGAGAACGGAGUAGCUUUGUAUGGACAGAAGGGCACGAGAAGAUUCCUGAUAACUGGUACAAACGAGCUAUUGGCGACGAGUAUGGCCGUGUACCUUUCGUAGCCGAUGUAGUUGCCGCAGGUUUACAAAAUUUCGAGUUUUUCUCCAUUGGAGGAAACACCGGCACAGUCAAUUUCUUUACUGGUGUUGACUUCAAGAAUCUGACAGGUGUUGUAUAUGACGUUACCACUUUGGCGCAAGGAAUAAUGCUAUUUGUUUUGCAUUCCAGUUUGCUCAACAAGCUGCACCGGAUAUUCUUAAGGGUUUAUUCCAAAACACUUCUUCUGCUUUAAGUAAGCUAAAUUCUGCGGUUUCUAAAGUCUUGCCUCCUUUAAGCUGUCCUCAAUUGACUUCGGUUGAUACCUCCCGGUUCUCACAGUUUCCUGGUGCGGGUCUUUUUAGAUGAGAUUUGUGGUAAUGUGCCAACGAAGUUCGGCGACAUAGGCGUGAAGAUGAUUUCACUGAUUUUUCUGAGAUUGCCCUGUAUAUACAGUGACCGUGCACUGCUACUAGCCAUAGGCCCUUUUUCCAUCAAAACUCACUCUUUUCAUUUAUUAAUAUUAAAAGAACUUAAUAUUUUUCAAAGAAAUCCUUUAAUACAUUUAAAAAGAU